GAAGUCAGUGAUACAGUGGAAAGUUGAGAAGGACGGAGAUAUUUAAUAGGAAGAUGAUGUUUGCCUUUGUGGUUUUGGUGACAGCGCUCACUGUCGUUAACGCUGACCCUGGACACAUAGGAGAGACACCUCUUACCAAGGUCCUGUCAUCAAACAACAGUACAGCAACAGAACAUGCUGAAACUAGCCAACUCUACGAUGGUCAUGAGCAUAAAAAAUCUGAUCUUUCUACGUUAAAAGCCAAGGGUGAAGUGAAGAUACCUCUGGAUCAGAAGCUUAGACUCAAAAUUGCUAUCAUUAACAAACUCACAGAAAGGUUGCCAAUGGAAAAGAAGAAAAACUUCACCAAAUCCUUUAUGAAUCUUCUCUUGAAACAAAAAGACACAAAUCAAACAUUAUUAGCUGCAAAAUCUGCAGAUUUGAAAAACAUAGUAGAAAGUAAGACAGGGGAAGCAGAAAAAGGAAACAAUGGGACAACGGCAGUUUAUACUGGUGUUACAUUGAACACAGAUACUGCCGAAAAUUCAACUCAGUCUCAAAAAUCUACAUCGUCAGACAUAAAAACAAAUGAAACUCCAGUUCAUCAAUUGGAUAACGUGAUGAAUAAAGAUAUAAAGGGAAAACAUCGAAGGACGAAUUCCAGGGAGACAUCACCGAGUCACGCACUCUUAUUUGAGAUUGAUGAAGACGUUCAACGGAAGAGAAUCAAUUCGGAUGAAAACGACGACGAUGUUGAGGACGACGAAGAUCAAGAUGAUAUUUUCAAUCAAAUUCUCUUUUCGGACGAAAGUUUAUUUGGUAUUCAACCUGUUCAACAAUCAGAAUCUAUUCAACAAAGAGAACCUAUUCAACAAAGUAGAGUCGGACAACAAAGAAGACCCAUUCAACAAAACCAGACCCCUAAUACAUGGCAGCAAAGACCACAAAUAUUUCCAAAUAAUGUCGUCGCAAACUCUUUGGAAGGAACUCCCAAUAUAAAUACAAUUAGACAUUUAAGUGAUAUCAAUGACCCAGAACAAGAAAUCAAAAGACUGGAAAGGUUUUUAAACUUUGCUGAAGGUUUUGCACAGACUGGAAAUGAUCGACUGCCUUCCAUUCAAAGUGAAAAUGAUCUUUUUGAGGCCUUCAAUGACGAGAGUUCUUUUUUAAAUAGUCUUCAAGGCAACUUUCAAAUUAUUGAUGAACAUGACCAGGAUAGCACAGAAAAUAAUGCAGUCCAGUUUGGUGGUCGUGGAAGAGAUUUUUCACAAACAAAUAUCCCACGUGAUGGCAGAAGACCAGCAAUUGCAAGAAUUAAUGGGAUUAGUCAACUGCAGGAAGAAGAUAGUGGUGAAGAAACAAAUAAUGAAAUCGUUAAGUCACUAAAGAACGACGUACAUCGAUUCCUGAGUGGAACUUUCCAAUCCAAAGAAAAUAAGGAUUUAGAAGAAAACAGUCAUUCUAAUAACAAUCUUGAACCGGAGAGCAAAGAAGAAGAUGAAUCUCUGCCUGGUGUAAGAAAUGUAUUUCGAAUAUCCGAAAGAGAUAGAAUUGCGCCGAACUUAAUUGCAGCGGUAUUACAUGACAAUAGGAAUCCAGACGUCAAUGUCCCGAGAUUUAACAACGAAAGACAAAUGCAGGAAGAAGACAGCAACGAAGAUAGGGAAAGUAAAAUAACUGGCAAUGAAAUACAUAUAUAUCAGAAUAGAGAUUCACAAAGUUAUGAAUAUGACAAUUUUGACAAAAAAUCGGAGGGUUCUUACGAAAGCUCCAGAAAAAGUAAAUCGGGGAGUAGUGAAAAAAGAUCCAGUGAUGAAAAAUCCGGUGAAUCUAAAAGUGGAUCCAGUUACAGCGAUUCAAGGAGUAGAGAACAGGACUUCAGUGGUGAAAACUACGACAGUGCUGACAAAAGUCACAGCAAAAGCAAUUCAAGAAGCAAAGAACGCGAUUCAAGUAAAGACAGCUCAGAAAGUGGAUCAAGUGGAAGUAAUUCAAAAAGUUCUGAACAAGAAUCCACAAGUAAAAGCAGCUCGGAAAGUGGAUCAAGUGGAAGUAAUUCAAAAAGUUCUGAACAAGAAUCCAGAAGUAAAAGCAGUUCGGAAAGUGGAUCAAGUGGAAGUAAUUCAAAAAGUUCUGAACAAGAAUCCAGAAGUAAGAGCAGCGAAGACUCGGAAAGCAGCGAAAACAGUAAACAAAGAAGCAAGUCAUCCGAGGAAAGCAGCAAGGACUCGAAAAGCAGCGAAAGUAGCGAAAAUGGAAGCAAGUCAUCCGAGGAAAGCAGUGUAGACUCUAAAAGCAGCGAAAACAGCGAUGAAGAUAGCAAGUCAUCCGAGGAGAGUAGCGAAAGUAAUGAAGAACUACCGCAACAAAUCAAUCCACAACGCUAUCCUCCAAAGAAAAAUAAUGAUCUACCACUUAACAACCCCAAACCAGAAAAUAUAUAUACCCCUACUCUGCACAACCCCAAACCAGAAAAUUUAUACACUCCUACUAAGCCCAAGGACCGAAAAAUAUUUGGCCGCGAACCCGAACCCGAUCCACCAAAAGAAACCCAGGUAAACUGGGACUAUUUAGAUGACAACAAUUUCGGUAACCUGAAUCUCUAUCAACCAAUUAACGAUGACCAAGACCUACUCGAUGCAAUCCUAGAAAUAGAAAAGAAAAAUUAUGGUAUUGAAGAUAUGAAAUCAGACUCUUCGGAAUAUUCAAAAGAAAGAAAUUACUACAAACCAAAAAGAUACAAGGGGUAUACCCAGUAUUCUGAUGACCGCAAAACAUACAAGAAAUCUCAAUAUAUUGAUAACCGCAAAAUAUACGGAAAUCGAAGAAAGUAUUCAGGUUAUUCAUUUUACAGACCUAAAUACGUGUACGGUCAGUCGAAAUAUGCUGGUGAUAAGCUGAAACUAACAGACAAAGAACUAUACGAAUUAAACCAAGUAUAUAGAGCUAGUAAAGGACACAGACCAGCGAGGGUUGUUCGAACCUGGAAUACCCACCACUACCCAGCUCUUGUAGAAAGAAAUAGACAAGUAAGGGCCUAUUUGUUAGGUGAAAUUGGAAACGACAGUCUAAGCACGUAUGGGAGAAGGGGACGACAAGGCAGGAGGGGGUAUGGCAACAGAAGAGGUAUACAUUCAACAAGACAGUCGUAUGGACGAUUUGGCAGAAGACGAGGUUUAAUGAGAAACAAACAUCCUGUAAUUGAAUAUAGAGUCUAUCACUGGAGAAACAACCACCCUUUAUUUGAAAAUAGAGACUAUUAUUAUCCAAAUAUCCAGCGUCGACGAUAGUUCACCUGAACUUCUCUGUUUGAUACUCCAAUGUUUACUGGUUGUUGGCCUAUUUUGUAUUUUGAUGCAUAACAUUAUCCAUUUGUAUUUAUUUUGUGGUUAAAUAAAUCCUGUUUGCUUUUUUAUAUAUAAUUAUGCGGCUGUUGUAAUUACUUUUGAAUAAUCGAA